CUGCUGCUCAACGUACACAAUUAUAGCCUCGCGUUCCAAGGACAAACGCAGCAUGCUCCUCUGUGGUGCACAAUCCAAGCUUCAGCCCUUUGGGGAAAGCUACAGCUUCUCCAGUGACCUGCUGCCGUCUCUGGGAGCGAAUAUUAACCAGUCGAUCAAGCUGAGGAGGUUCAUAGUGUCGCCCUUUGAUUCUCGUUACAGAGCUUGGCAGAUGUUCCUGAUCCUACUCGUCGUUUAUUCUGCUUGGAUCUGUCCGUUCGAACUAGCAUUCAUGAGGCAUUUGCCGGCGAAGCUUUUCUGGGUCGAGAGCAUCCUCAACAGUUUCUUCGCGAUCGAUAUUGUACUCACCUUCUUCGUCGCAUACCUUGACCGGAGAUCGUACGUCUUGAUCGACGAUCCGAAGAGAAUCGCAGUCAGAUAUCUAUCCUCGUGGUUCAUCUUCGACAUCUUGUCGACCGCUCCAUUCGAAGCGAUCAGCCUUCUCUUCCGAGGCGACGGCAAUGAUCUCGGUUUCAAAACGCUGAACAUGCUGCGAUUGUGGCGGCUCCGCCGGGUCAGUUCUCUCUUUUCGAGGCUUGAGAAGGACAUCAGGUUCAACUACUUCUGGACGCGAUGCACAAAGCUGGUGUUAGUAACUCUCUUCGCCGUGCACUACGCUGGAUGCUUCAAUUAUCUCAUUGCCGACCGGUACCCUAAUCCCGGAAGAACAUGGAUAGGUUCAGUCAUGCCGAGCUUUAAAUCUGAAAGUCUAUGGGUUAGAUAUGUAACUGCAAUUUACUGGUCCAUUACGACGCUGACAACAACCGGUUAUGGUGACUUGCAUGCUGAAAACACCAGAGAAAUGCUAUUCGACAUCUUCUACAUGUUGUUUAACUUGGGGCUGACAGCUUACCUUAUCGGCAACAUGACGAACCUCGUCGUCCAUGGAACCAGCCGCACCCGACACUUCAGGGACACGAUUGAGGCAGCUUCAGAAUUCGCAGCAAGAAAUCAUCUGCCGAAGCGCAUCAAGGACCAAAUGCUCUCCCACAUAUGCUUGAGAUUCAAAACGCAGGGGCUGAAGCUGCAAGACCCCUUGAAUGAUCUUCCCAAGGGAAUUCGUUCCAGCAUAGCGAAUAAGCUCUUCUUUCCGAUUUUACGACAAGCCUACCUUUUCCGUGGAGUUUCCUUCAACUUCCUUCAUCAACUGGUAACAGAGACGCAGGCCGAGUAUUUCCCACCACGGGAAGAUGUGAUGCUACAAAACGAGGCGCCAACCGAUCUGUACAUAAUAGUAACAGGAGCUGUGGACUUGAGAUCAAAUGUUGAUGGGAAUGAACAAGUUCAUGGAAGGCUAGGAGCAGGGGAAGUGUUUGGGGAGAUGGGGGUCUUAUGCUGCAGCCCACAGCCAUUCACUGCACGAACCGUCGAACUAACACAAGUAUUAAGGUUGAGCAGCACCACAGUGAUGAACUUGAUUAAAGAGAACGUCGAAGACGCGAACACGGUUAUGAACAAUCUUUUAGAGAAAAUAAAACUACAACAACUAUCAGCUGCUGGAGUAGAGGAACAGAGCUUUGUUUCUUGCAAGGAGUCUUACAAAGUCCAAACGGAAGAAUCAUGGGAAGCCAGUUCGAUCGACGAUAGCAGCGUGCAGAUGCCUAGAAAAAGAGUCGUCGUUCAUAUUCUUUCAAGAAAGACAAGAAGUUCAAAGGAAGAACGAGGGAAGCUCAUAAACCUGCCUGGUUCUUUGGAGGACCUCUUCGAGAUUGCUAGAGAAAAGUUCAUUGGUCAUCAGCCUACAAAGGUGCUCAAUCAAGAGAAUGCAGAAAUAGAUGACAUUAGAGUUAUUCGAGAUGGAGACCAUUUGUUUCUUCUAGAGGAGGAAGAUCGUGAUCAUUGUGUUUGACCUUUGGCAAAGUGGUGAUCACAUACAUCAAGUUUGUCACUAACAUCAACAUGUAGCUAGCAACCAAUGAUUAUGUGUUGGAAAAGAAAGAAAACUUUAUACUUUAUUCUUUAACCAAAAUCACAAGUGCAAGUGUUGCUGAAAUCUCAUUGAUACAGUUCAUUAAGAAUUUGGACAUGCCUUUGCUUCUAAAUGAUGAUAACAACAAAAAUGAUCAGGGAUUCUUUUUGCUUGAAAGUUUUUUUCUCAUUUUUCAAAGAGGUUGGCAACUACUAACUGACGGUACUAUACUAAACUCCCUAACCUCUCUUGCGCCCGCUUCUCCUCUGUUUUGUUGCACUCCCCAUGCAACCAUCCUCAUUCUCUGAUGGGUGCCUUGGCUUCUUUCCUCUUCCUCCUCCUCCUCCUCCUCUCCUCUCUCCCUCCAGUCAUGUCCUUCUCCAGCUCUGGUGUCCGGGGAGGAGGCCACGGAGUCCACGUCCUCAAGCCGCGGCCGUGGGCUUUCAGCGGCAAGAGCAAGAGCAGAUCAAUCAGGAGAGGGAGAAGAGGCAAGACGGCCAGAAGGUCAAAGAGUGAAGCAACUUUCUCCGCAAUGCUACCGAGGGGAUUUGUGCCGCCAUCGGGCUCUUCUUGGCGCCACAACGGCUCUCCCGAGUCCGCCGGACUCUUUUGCAACGGAAAAGUGGCUUCUCAAUCUCCGCCUCCGCCGCCGCCGCCUUGUCCCAAAUGCUAACUGCAUUAACUAGUGUUAGAUGCUGCUCAACCGGCCUGUCCUGUCUUGCUUUUCCUCGUUGUCUUUGCCGCUUUGCUCAUGUUAGUUUUUCUCCUCGGUGCUCUCUUCAAGGAGAUCGUUAGCUUAGUUCUGAUGUAAAAACUAAUCGAUGCUAACCAAGAUUUUGUCUAGGAAGCAAUGAGAAUCUCGUUCGUUCCUAUUCUUCUCAAUC